UGACGCCCACCAGCAUUGCAUUAUGGGGCCUUGCCUUAAACCGGGGGGCAGCAACGAUGAAUACUUUAGUAGUUCGGAUUGUUUAACUCGGACAUUUCAGGAGAAAACCUUUUUGAAAACACUCAACUGGGAUCGGUUGCUUUGAUUUCCUGCUUGCACGAAGCCGAAAAUUGGAUCCACAUACGGUACAAGUACACUGCAAUACUGUCGUCGAACGGAGAACAGAUGUAGGUAAAGAAUAUCUCGGCAUAAAUUCUUCACAACAACACUUUCUCAUUCCACUGACAAAAAAAACCAUAUCAAAUUAUUUUACUCGAUUUUUUUUUUGACAAUUUGAUACAUAAGACCUCUUCACAGUUCCUCCAUUCGUUUAACUUACUUCCUUGGCUGUUUAUAUUCUUCUCUAUGAUUCUUAUUAUUACUAUUUCUACUACUAGGUUUUGGUCCAUUUGCUUGACAGACUGGUGACAAGAGAAGACAGUUGACACUAUUGUUGGGUAGCAACAACUUGUUUAGGGGUGGCUUAGGAAUCGUUCAAGUUGUUAGUAUUUAGGAUAAAAACUUCUGAAUUAAUGGUAGUAGAUUAUAAAUUUCAAUAGAACAAUGUCCUUCUAGUUACCUCUCUCUUAUAUUUAUCAACUCUCUGUCUAUAUAUAUAUAUAUAUAUAUACACAUAUAUACAUAUAUAUAUCAUAUACCAAUGGUCGCUCUCUGACCGGUCAUAACAAAACAACCUUAUCUCUAACCAUAUAUAUAUAUAUAUUUAUAUUAUACGCACACACACAUAAACAGAGGCCAAUUGAAACCUACAGAACAAAUGAGUGGAUGUAAUUGUGAUGCAUUGCACUAUGGGAAAAGAUGAGUAUGAUAAAUCAAAAGGUGGAAUCCUCAAAGCAAGUACAUUAGAACAGACUGACAAUCAACUACCCAUCGGUGGUAAAAUAGAUGUGGCCUGGGACAAUUAUAGUCCGAUCAAUAGUUUUAAAGACUCUUCAAAAAUCUCACUUAAUAACAGCAUAGGACAAGUAGCACAUGAAUUUCACAGGAAUAAUAGUCAAAGUAAAGAAUUUGCAAGUGGAUCCAGUCGAUGCAAGAACAAAAGAAUUCCUUCCCAAAACUCUGUGAAGUCUUCAUUAUCAGCUAUAUUAUUAGAGAAUAAUGAUGAUCACCUUGACAAAUCAAAUGGUCCACUGGUUCCAGAUUCCAUUGAUGUUAGUCCUCUUGAUAACAACUCUGAUAAUGAAGAUUUGGGGCUGACAACACAUCGGCCUGAUAUCAAUGCUAACCAAAAUAUUGAUUUGGUCAGGUCAUCUAAUUUUUCGAAUACAAUUACUAACUUGUUUAAUCAAAGUCAUAGGAAAAAGAAAGACAACAGCAGUAAAUAUCAUGGAGAGGAUAUGUGGAGAAAUAACAGGAAAAUUGUCGGCAAAGGGAAAAAUGAUAAUUUUUACAAUCAGUCUCCUUCAUCAAUAACAUCUAAUAGUUACAUAAUGCAUGACCAAGAGAACCUUGGUUAUCAACAACAACAGCAACAACAACAACAGCAGCAGCAACAACAACAACAACAUAACUAUGAGCAAUAUGUUAUUCCCCAAAACUUUGCCUAUACAGCAGAUGAUAUUUACCGAAAGGCACUAUCUGUUGGAUCUUAUCCUAAUUUAAUGACUCAUAAGAAAGUCCCUGAGAUGUUUAAUUUUGUGAAUGCAUUGGUGUCACCACCCUUUUUUGCACGUUCAUAUCACCCAGAACAUAGGCAGCAAUCACAUGCAUCAUCCCAGUUUUAUUCUGCUAUCCCACCUGAUGGAAAUGGUUGUCUUAAGAUACCACAGCAGUCUCCUGGACAUGGCUAUCAUUCAAACUCUAUUCAUCAGACCCAAGACUACAUUAAUUCUUUCUAUGUUGACAAUUCUCAGCAUUUAGAUAGCAGACUUCAUUGUCCUAAUGUAGAUUAUCCUGAUCAACAUUACCAGUUGCAUCAAAAUGUUAAUGUCCCGACAACCCGCUGUCAUGAUGCUUGGCGUAACCAAACUGGUGAGGAAUUUUGUAGUGCAAUUGAAAGAAACAAGUGCUGCACCAACAGCAAACCAAUAUUUCGAUCACGGUCUUUGUCGGCUGUUGAGCAGUCUAACCUCUAUCCCGAUAGAGGCUCUCCUCCACAUAAAUCAAAUUACGACUUUGGCAAAGUUGAAAACAGCUUUAAAAACUUUCAUAUUGGACAUGUUUCUUCAGACAGCCGUCACUUUAACCAACAAUGUACCCCACAGAGGAAUAAGUUUAAUUCUCUUUUAACUCCUGAUAAUACAAUGAUGCAAACAUUCAUUUAUGUGUGUCCUGAGUGUCAUUCUGAAAAUGCCAUGCAUGCCCAAUAUUGCACUUAUUGUGGAGAAUCUUUAACUGAAAGAGCUCAACCAGCUGUCUAUCCUCCAGAUAGUAUGUAUACUAACUUCAGAGAUGAAGAAUUCUCUUAUCCUUGUGAUAUUAAUAAUGAUGAUAAUGUAUUUAAUGAAUCUCUCUCACAUGCUAGUUCUUUCCCUAAUAGCCAUUUGCAGUCUUCCUCCAACUAUAGAAUCACUAAAGCAACUGGGAGAAGGCAGUAUCAAAUUCAGAAAGAGACAAGCCACUCAUUUUCUCCUGGGGAACAUCGUGCUUUCCAUUCUGGAGCCAGUAAAUCUGAAUGUUAUUCUGAUACAGAGGUUACCCUCAAAUCACCAUCAACUCAUAAAAUAUCAUCCUCUUGUGAGUGGGAAGAUUCUUCUCAAGAUAAUUUAGCAACUCCAAUUUUUGCAAUGGAUGAAGAAAUGUUGAACCCUGCUGACCAGAGUAUUAAUUCAGUAUCACAGUUGAAUUUGAAUGAUUCUAUUCUUGAUUGUGGGAGCUUUUCAGAAGCAGACUUAGAGUUAGUCACAACUCAGCAACACCAACUAUCAGAAGAGAAUUCUGAUAAACCCUCAGGCAAAUACACUGGAAUUAAAGGACCAAGGAAAGUGUGGAGAAAGCCUAAUGCUACUGGUAGUAGUAUUGAUGGUAGCCGCUUAUUUACAGCUAAUAGCAAUGGAGAUAACAAAGUUACUAGUAAUAGUCCUGUAUACCAUCGUCACUGGGAAAAAUCAAGUUGUGGUUCUACUUCUUACCUUAGGGAACCAAAUUUUGUGUCUAAUUUAACUUCACAAAAGACUAGAAAUAAAUCAAGUAACAGUGAGAAGUGCAAGGAAACUGAAAACAAACUUGUACCUGGUGGUAAUAUUUCUAACUUUACUCGUAAAGAUCUGAGGAAAGUUGUACAGCAGAAUGGGACUACAAAGAACCGGAAGAAAGUUCAUUCCAAGAAAGCUACUCGAGUCUUAUCUUUGAUGAAGGGCGGAAACCAAGAUAUUUCCUUGGAGGCUGAGAAAUGUCUGUCAGGUGAUGUGUCGAUAGAUGUUCCCUACUCAGAGCAAAUAUUACAAGAAUCUUCAACAGCUAAUGGAUUUGAAAAUAGCUCAUCCUGUGUGCCAGAUUUCACAAAAUCAGACUCCGAGGCUAAUGGCUGUUCUGAAUCUGAGAUAGUACAAUCAAGGAAUUCAACCUACCCUUGGCAACACCUACCUGAUGAAAUUUGGUUGCAAAUAUUUUCCAAUCUUAGCAAUCAUGCUAGAUUCCAUUGUGCACUGGUAUCAAAACGAUUUAACCGUAUUAUUCAAGAUGAAUCUCUAUGGCACCAUAUCACUUUAGAGAAAAAAUGCCUGCAAGAUGAUUGGUUACUAAGGAUUUCUCAACUUCAUCCUUCUAGAUUAGAGUUCAUUCAGUGUCAUGGCGAUAAAGUGACUGCUGCUGGAUUGAGUUAUCUAUUUAAAGAAUGUGCUAAUUCUCUAAUGAAGCUGUGUUUUAGCCGCUGUAGCCGAGGUGAAUUAACUGGUGAUAAAAUAUUGCAGGCAUCAACAGUGUGUCACAAUUUAACUCAUGUUGAUGCUAGUUGGUGUUCAGUGACAGACUCAGGGUUGUCUGCCAUUGCAAAAUCCUGUGAUAGGUUGGAAAGUUUAUGCUUAAAUGGUUGUGGAUUGAUGUCAGACAAUGGGUUGAAAAUACUGGUAUCGAAACAUUCGGAAAGCUUACAAGAAUUAGAAAUGUUUGGCUGUUUUAACAUCACUUCUCGAGGAAUCCGGCACCUUGCUAGUGUAUGCACUAAUCUACGCACCUUACAGCUAGGACAAUGUUAUAAGCUGACAGAUUCCUGCAUUGCUGAAGUAUCAAGUAGUUUAUGCUGCGUUCAAAACUUGGAUCUCAGGGGUUGUAAGCAGAUCAAAGAUAGUUGUAUUGAAAAGAUUGUUGCUAACUGUUCCCGGUUACACACUUUAGCAUUGGCCAAUUGUCCAAAUAUUAGUAACAAUGCUAUGCAAAAGAUAGCUUCCACUCUUCCAGGUAUCCGGAGUAUUGAUGUUUGUGGAUGCAAGCUAAUCACAGACGAGAGUGUAAACCGAUUAGCUACCAACUGUCGCCAGCUUGUUUAUUUAGAUAUCAGUUCUACAGGCUGCACAUACAAAAGUAUAUGCAGACUAGCUGAACAGGGAUCAAAUGAUCUUGAAACUUUAAAACUUAAUUUUAUUACUGGAAUUACUGAGACCAGUCUAACAAAACUCACUAAUAGUUGUAAAAGAUUGACAACUCUACAUUUGUACGGGUGCAAGCGAGUGAAGAAUCUAGAGAAAAUCCAAGCUCUUCAUCCAAACUUAAUUAUUGAAGCAGACAGAGACUGAAGAGAUCUUAAUCUUUUUAGUUGUUUGAGACUUUAACUGAACUACAAUCUAGUCUCUCCUUUCUAAAGCUGACUGUCCGUAGUAUGCUUUGGCCUCCUCACUUAUCAAUUAUAUCAGACAACUGUAUAUUUCCAAUGCAAUAACUUAUAUUGUGACAAUAUAACUAUUUUCUUUCUGCUCCUUUCACAUUAUAAACUAAUAUUUUAUCUCCUUUUUAAUGAGUAAUUGGUAACAAUAGAUGGAACUACUAAAUGUGGCAUUCAGAAUUCUAAAGAAUAGAAACAUUGCCAAAAAAUAAUUAAAAAAGAAAAAAUUUCCAAAAAAAAAAAAGACAGCACAAGAAAACAACUUAUCAAGUAUUCUUAUUCUUUGGCUAGAUUUUACUAUGGAUGAUACCACCUUAGAAACAUUCUCGAUGCCGAAGAGUUUGGCCUGCUUGAAAUUUGUGGAUUGCUUCUAUUGCAAUGACAGCAAUAUUUCAAUCUUUACUUACACACAUAAUUGAAAGGAAAAAGUUGAAAAAAAAAAAAUUAAUAAUAAUAAAGAAAAAAAAAAAAGAAAUGCUUUAAAAAAAUUGAAAUUUUUGUAUUUCCUAUCUUCCAACCAGAAAAAAAGAACUUUUCAAAGAUAAUGAGAUAAUGUGCAUUAGGGCUUAUUUACUUAUCCCCUCCCCUCACUAAAUCAGCGAAUUGUUUUGUAGUAAUGUGAUAUAAACUUUCACUGAUCUUUAUAUCAUAUACAUAACUUGUAGUUGUCAAUGCCACUGUAACUACAAAAGGUUCCAGUGUAUUCCAUUACUUACAAUAAUAAGCAGGUGUUACAAUAUUUUUAUCCUGUAUUUUUACUGCUGAAUUAUGUUCAGUUUUAAUAUCUUUGAAUUAUUGGUUGUUUCAUUAAGGAUUUUUAUUAUUAUUAGGGUAACAGAUUGGCAUAUCUGUAGAGCAUUGGACAAAAUGCCUACUGUAUUUAGUUUGCAAUCCCUUUAUGUUGUGAGUUCAAAUUUUGGUGAAGUCAACUUCACUUUUCCUCCUCCUGGGGUUGAUAUAAUAAAGAACUUGUCAAAUGCUGGAUUCAAUAUCCCAGACUAUUCCAUCCUCUCUCAAAGUCGUGGCCAUGUGCUAUGUAAGAAAGUAUUAUUUCUAUAUUCAAAUAUGAUUGAGAAAAAAGAUUUUUAAUCGUUAUUUUUAUUUUUUUUUAUUUACUUUAGCUUUUUUUAGUAACUGUUAUAGAAUAUUUUGGGAUAUUUUAAACUCUAAAAACAUGGAAAAUGUUAUCAAUUUGUAAUUAUUUAUUAUGUGGAUAGAAAAACCAAAACAGAUUUAAGUUUAUGAAAUGUUUAUAAAUAGAGUUUGUCUAGUUGAUUGAAAGGUCCGUUCACAAAACUUACAAACAGCAUAUUUGGGAAUAAUUUUUAGGAUUUCCUUAUAAAUCAGAAAAGAUUUUGAAAACUUUCCUACUGCUUGCCAUUAUCUGUGAUAGAUAAAGUAUAAUGUAUGAAAAUUCACUAAAAAUAAGCCAUUAUCUUAUUUCUUUUCAUUGAACCCUUUGUUCAUUAAUUAUCUAAGGUAACUUAAAAUUUAAUUAAUGAUUUAAAUAUAUGUUUUCUUUAAAUAUAUAUUCAGUAUCUUUGAAUAGACUAUUGAACAAAAUUUCAACAAAAAAAAAAAAACUAUAAGGGCUUUAAUAUAUCUUCCAAAUUGAUAAAACAAUUAUUUUCAUCUGUAUUAUUAAAUAAUAAUAAUUUGUUUAGCAUAGAAAGAAUUUCAACUAUUUCACUUAUGCAUAUGACUUGUUUGAUUAGUAUCUUUAUAACUGAAAUGCCUGCCUUCACUUCUCAAGCAUAUAUAUUGGCCUUAUUGUUCUGAGGUGCUAUUUCCCCAAACAUAUGAGUAGAUUUGCCCUUUGUAAAACUGUUCUUGAAAUGAGUCCCCCAAACCAAUCAUUUGGAGUGAAACUAGUCAAAAAAUUUCAAAAUAUAAUUUUCAAAGUUGAAUUAAAAAAAUCUUGGCAAAAGAAAUAGCAUCAACUGCUGUCCUUGAUGUCACUAUCAUCAUCAGCUAAGACCAAUUUCGUUUAUCAAUUGGUCAAUUUUUCCGGGUCAAGGGUUAGUUAUUCUUCCUUAACUAACUCCUAUUUCUACUGAGUAACUUUCCAGGUAGAGAUGUUCAAAUUGAAAAGAAAAAAAAACUGAGCUUUAUUAGGUUGUGCAGUUUAUAGCUAUUUAAAACUUUAUGAAGUUUUUGCAUUUUUUUUCCCAUAAAAAUAGCCCUUUUUUUUUUUUUUUUCCAAUUUAAAAAUAUAUAUUGGCUAGACUCACAAUAUCUCUGUGCUGCAUCAUAAGAUAUAUAUAUGUAUGUGUAUGUGUGUGUAUAUAUAUAUAUGUGUAUAUAUAUAUAUAUAUAUAUAUAUAUAUAUGCACACAUACAAACAUACAUAUAUCUUUUUUUUUUUUUUUUUUUUUCACCUGCUGCAGAAUUGGUUCAUUCUAUAUUUUUUUUUUAAAGAUAUAGAAAACAAAACAACGGGUAGUUCAACUUCCGGAAAGCCAGCCUACCCAUGGCUCUGUAACCAGCUUUCGUAAAUCCCUGUUGAUAGUAAUUGGGUAAAAAAUAACUGUGGAUCUUACUUGAAAGACAACCAUUUCGUUCAUUAAAAAAUGAUUUUCAGUCACAUGA